UUUCGAAGAAAGCAGGAUUAGUCCUUGGAGUUUAAGGGAAAGACACAGAAAGUGAGUGAUUCGUCGUCUUGGAGAGGUGGAUGUUCGUGAGUUGGGUGUUGCUAAGGGACUGUGGAGUUUUUCUGAAUCGUUUCCCUCUCCCCCGCCCCAGGAGUCACGUGGGCGGUGGAGAAUUAGCUGAAGCGCUUCCUUCCGGGUCAGCCUAGGAAUCGCUGAGAAUUCCUCGUGUUCGCCCUAUAUCACUCCAGCGCCUUCUGGCCAAAUUCUCUGGAACCUUUUUUGGGUGUGAGGGGCUCCCCUGAGCCCCUAACUUCCCAAUCUCGUUUCUCUUUCUUUUCCACCUUUCCUGGAGGCGGCAACUUCCGAGAUGAGCUCCCAGAAAGGGAAUGUGACCCGGACCAGACCUCAGAGGCACCAGAAUGCAUUUAGCUUCAAAAAUGACAAGUUCGAUACUAGUAUUCAGACCAAGAGAAUAAAUGCAAAGCUUCAUGAUGGAGUGUGUCAGCAUUGUAAAGGAGUUCUGGAGUGGCGAGUAAAAUACAGCAAGUACAAACCACUAUCAAAACCUAAAAAAUGUAUUAAAUGUUUACAAAAGACAGUGAAGGAUUCUUAUCACACGAUCUGUAGACCAUGUGCUUGUGAACUUGAAGUUUGUGCUAAAUGUGGAAAGAAAGAAGAAAUUGUUAUUCCGAUCAGUAACAAGCUAGAGAAGAUAGACAAUGUUAAAAGUGAUGAAAUAUGUAACUACAAGAGAAGAAAAAGGUUUGAAGGACAGACCAGUGAUGAAUUAGAUUUUGACAUUGAUUUAAAUGAAUCAGAAGAUGAAGAACAAGAUAAUCCAUAUGCAAAUGUGAAAAUCUAACUAACUUGAAGAUCUUGUACAAAGGUCUAUGGAAUUAAAUACAAGACAAUAGAAAGCUCACUGACCUGGGAUUAGAGGUUGCUAGGUUUUAAGUUUGCUUCUGUUUUUAGCAAGUUAAUUAACCAUGGUCAAAUCUCUUGCUUUCUUGGAAUCUGUUUUUUGUUUUUUGUUUUCAUCUGUAAAAUGGAAUAAAAAGAUGGGAAAAUGGUUUCCAACUGUA